CCAUUAAUUAAGAAACGAACAGAAUUAGAAUAAACAAUCUCAGAUUUUAAAUAAGUAUCAAAUACAAGUCAAAAUGUUGAAAGCAUUUAAGAAGCAAUAAGAAAUUAAAAUCAGAGAAAAAGCAGCAGCCUUUAUGGUAUAGUAAAAAUAAAAAUAAGAAAUUUAAAAUUAAGGAUCAAGUCGCACAACUGAUAGGACUAAGUCAAUUGAAAAUUCAUUAGUUGGGGAGGCUUCUGAUAAGCCAGAAAAAUCAAAUUACGUCAUUAAGGAAUAAUAGAAAUUUUAGCCUUAGAUUGAUAUGAGAAAAGGUUUUGCAGGGAGAUAUGAUAAAAAGGGUGAAUGGGAGCAUUAUUUACCACCAUUACCAAGUGUUCAAGAGAGAGAGAAUUAACAAUUAAAACAACUAGUCAAAUUCACUAUAAAAUUUGUUGAUAAAGUACCUAAGCUGAAACUGAGGCAAAGAUUAAAAUCUUGUUUUUUAGCAAUCAAAGCUUUAGUUAGAUGGGCAAAAUUAGUGAAAUCUCUAAUUCAGAAAAAAAGAUUGAAUUCUUUUUUUUAUAGUAAUUGCUUUAAGGAAGUAAUUUAUAACGAUUAGAUCAAAGCAAUCAAAUUUAAACAAUGGACUUAGAUGGUGUUUUCGAAAGUAUUUAAUUAGAUUAAAAAGGAGAGAUUAGAAUAAUAUUAAAAUUUGAAUAUUAUAGAUGGCCCUUACCAAUAGUUAAGCCCAAAAGAGCACGAUAUUUGUGUACUUAAAUUACGCUAUUUUAUUUAAUUGAUGUUAGAAGGUUUUUUGGUAAUGACAAAUAAGCCAAAUUUAUUAAAGGAAUUGGUAGGGGAAAUGUACAUAUCAUAAUUUUAAGAUUAAAGGAACUGUUUUUAUUUAUUUACUAGUUUGAGGACUAUGUAUUUAUAAAAUAAAAGAGAUGAAUUACCUUCAAUGCAGAGAGCUAUGAUAUUUGUUGAAUUUUUAAUAAUGAGGAUAAUAGUUCAAAAUAUCUAAGUACUAAUCAAUCAGGAUAAAAUACUGAAUACUGAAAACAAUACCAUAAGCUACUUAUUAAAAUUACUAAUUUCAUUUCUACACUAUCUCUACUUGAAUAUAUUCUCAAAAUUAGAAAUCGUUAAGAUCAGAACAAAAAAACAGUUAAUAUAAAAACAAUUAAUCAUCAACUAAAAUGUCUAAUUGAUUGAUGUUCCUUCAAGUAAGGAUAGUUAAGAUUUGAUUAUCGGAAUAUACAAUUAUGAAUCUUUAAAACCAAUUUUGGAAUCUUAAAGAUGGAAGUUGUAAAUGAAGUCAAUCUUUAAGAAAGUUAUUUAAAAUCUUGAAUAACAUGAAUUAUGA